AAAUUUCCUCUUCACUUGUUAGUAGUGUUUCUCGAUUUGUUUCUUUCCUGGCCCCUGGUUUUCCUUGGUGAUUCUUCUGGAUUUUUAGAAAAAGUAGAUCGAGUUCAGCUCAGCUUUGGGUUAGAAAAGGGGAUGGGAGUGUUUUCAGAAUCGGAUUCGAGGAGGAGGAGGAGGAUUGUAGGGAUUGUUUGAAGCUUGUUAGGGUUUGAGGCGUUGGAUUUUGUUGAAAUUAUGUCGCAAACCAACUGGGAAGCUGAUAAAAUGUUGGAUGUUUACAUAUAUGAUUAUUUCAUUAAAAGGAAUUUACAGGCCACUGCAAAGGCAUUUCAGGCAGAAGGGAAAGUUUCUUCGGAUCCUGUUGCAAUUGAUGCGCCGGGUGGCUUUCUGUUUGAAUGGUGGUCUGUUUUCUGGGAUAUCUUCAUUGCAAGGACUAAUGAGAAACACUCUGAUGUUGCAGCAACAUAUAUAGAGUAUAUCAAGAAGACUCAACUUGUUAAAGCUCGGGAGCAGCAGCAGCAUCAGCAGCAACAACAACAGCAACAACAACAGCAACAACAGCCACAGCAGCAGCAGCAACAGCACCAGCACCAGCAACAACAGCAACAACAGCAACAACAACAACAAAUUCAAAUGCAACAACUACUGAUGCAGAGGCAUGCACACCCACAGCAGCAACAACACCAGCAGUUGCGAAGAGAUGGAGCCCAUCUGCUGAAUGGUUCAGCAAAUGGGCUUGCAGGUGGUGAUCCUUUGAUGCGGCAGAGUUCUGGAACUGCAAAUGUUUUGGCAACAAAGAUGUACGAGGAACAGCUAAAAUUGCCUCUACAGAGGGGUUCUUUGGAUGAGGCAUCUAUGAAGCAAAGAUUAGCUGAGAAUGCAGGCCAACUCUUAGAUCCAAACCAUGCUUCUAUGGCUAAGCCAGCUGCAGGAUCUGGACAAUCAUCAGGGCAUCUUUUACCGGGCUCUACUGUUGGUACUCCUGGAACUUUGCAGCAAGUCCAGGCAAGAAACCAGCAGCUUCCUGGAUCAACACCUGACAUUAAGACUGAGAUGAAUCCUGUUUUGAACUCCAGAGCUGCUUCUCUUGAUGGUUCAUUGAUGGGAUCAAAUCAAGCUGGGAGCAACUUGACUUUGAAAGGAUGGCCACUCACAGGCCUAGAUCAGCUUCGCACAGGGGUUCUACAACAAAAGCCAUUCAUACAAUCUCCGCAACAAUUUCAUCAACUUCAGUUUCUCACUUCGCAGCAGCAGCAGCAGCUUCUUCUUCAGGCACAACAAAAUUUGACAUCCUCACCUGCUGGAGACAUUGACAGCAGAAAGUUGAGGAUGUUUUUAAAUAAUAGGAAUUUAGUUCUUGGAAAAGAUGGUCAGGCAAAUCUUGUUGGUGAUAUCAUUCAAAAUGUUGGUUCCCCUAUGCAAACCGCAGGUCCUGUUCUCAAUCGGACAGAUACUGAUUUGUUGAUCAAGAAAAUCGCUCAGCUUCAGCAACAACAGCAAAACAGCAGUCAGCAGGGACAACUUCAACAUCAUCCAAUUUCAAGUCAGCAGUCACAGAGUUCAAAUCCUCAUCUUCAUCAGCAAGAGAAGAUGGGGACGGGCAGUGUGACUGUUGAUGGAGGCAUGUCAAACUCUUACCGAGGACCUGAGCAGGCUCCAAAAAAUCAAGGUGGACGCAAGCGGAAGCAGCCUGUUUCAUCCUCAGGCCCUGCCAAUAGUUCAGGUACUGCAAAUACUACUGGACCCUCACCAAGUUCAGCACCCUCAACCCCCUCUACCCACACACCUGGAGAUAUGCCUUCAUUGCAACAUAAUGGUAGUUCUUCCAAGCCUUUACUUGUGUUUCCGUCUGAUGGCACAAACCAGUUGCGGGGUGAUAACAAACAUGUCUUACAGGUUGACAUAGAUCGGUUUGUGGACGAUGGUGCCUUGGAUGAUAACGUGGAAUCAUUUUUAUCCCAAGAUGACUCAGAUCCAAGGGAUGCGAUAGGGCGAAGUAUGGAUGUUACCAAAGCAGGAUUUACAUUUGCUGAGAUUGCUUCUGCACGGGCCAGUACAAAUAAAGUUAUCUGUUGCCACUUCUCAUCAGAUGGAAAGCUAUUAGCUACAGGGGGGCAUGAUAAAAAGGCAUGCUUGUGGUACACUGAUACUUUAAAGUUGAAAUUGACAUUGGAGGAACAUUCUUUUUUGAUUACUGAUGUGCGGUUUAGCCCAAGCAUGCCACGGUUGGCUACAUCUUCAUUUGAUAAAACUGUUAGAGUUUGGGAUGCUGAAAAUCCAGGCUAUUCCCUUCGCACUUUUACGGGGCACCCUGCAGCUGUCAUGUCUCUAGAUUUUCACCCAAUCAAGGAAGAUUUUAUUUGCUCUUGUGAUAAGGACGGGGAAAUACGCUAUUGGAGCAUAAAUAAUGGCAGUUGUGCAGAAGUCUUUAAGACUGUGGAAGGUGGCACAACCCAAAUGAGAUUUCAACCUCAUAUGGGUAGAUAUCUUGCAGCUGCUUCUGAGAACACAGUAUCAAUCCUAGAUGUGGAGUCUCUGGCUAUUCGUCAGUCUUUGAAGGGACAUGCAAAAACUGUUGAUUCUGUGUGUUGGGAUCCAUCGGGCGAGUAUGUAGCAUCUGUUAGCGAGGACUCGGUCAAGGUUUGGUCGGUUGGAUCAGGUAGCGAAGGUGACUGUGUGCAUGAGUUGAGCUGCUAUGGGAACAAGUUCCACUCAUGCGUUUUCCACCCCAACUAUCCAUCUUUGUUGGUUAUUGGCGCUUAUCAGUCUAUUGAACUUUGGGACAUGACCGAGAACAAGACGAGGAGUAUUGCAGCUCAUGAAAGACUUAUUGCAUCCAUGGCAGUAUCUAACGUGACUGGUUUAAUAGCAUCUGCAAGUCAUGAUACGUUUGUCAAGCUCUGGAAAUGAAUCACUUGAAAGAAGAAGAAGAAGAAGAAGAAGAAGCCGCUAUAUAGUUUUGUCUAUAUACCUUUUGGAGAAGCGUCAUGUUCUAGUGGGUCUGAAAUGUUCUGCCUGUUUUUGUAGGACAAGCCUUCUGUCACCUUGGUUAUCACAUCUAUUAAACAUCACAAGUGCCAUCUCCUUGUUGGGUCAUAUGUGCUAACCAUGUUCUUCCUUUCUGUAUGCACAUUUAUUUGGCUUGUCUUUUAUUUGCAAACUAAAUUUCCUGUACAUAUAUAUUUCCUUGAAAGAAUCAAAUUGAGCAGCUCA